UUACAGCAAAUAAAUCUAGCGUAAUUUUUUUCAAAAUUUUUUAAAUGUUUGCCGUCAUAUUAAUAAACAAAAAAAUCAAUAACAACCAAAUUGCAAGUAAAACAGCAGAACAUUAAAACAUCAGAACUAUUGUUAAGGACGUUAGAUGGUACGACGCAAGAGCAUAAUGCGUAAUCUGGCCAAUCAUUUAUCCAUGACAGCAUAUCAAAAUUUAAUGGCGCCCAAUGCAGAUCAAAUGUGGCUGCGCAGUCUGCAGCAACAAAGCCUAAUGCAACAGCAACAACAACAGCAGCAGCAACCAGUGCCACAAUCGCUGGUGUCCUCCAUGCAUAAUAUGUGCAACAAAAUGGCGGGCGCGCUGCCGCGCAUGCCGGCGUAUACGCAACCGGAAUACAGCAGCCGUAAAUUGAAUCGACUGCGACGUGAGCUCAUGUCCUAUCCGCCAGAGUUUAUAACGCCAGCAAUGAUGCCGGUUUAUCAGCAGCAGCAGCAGCGGCUAGUGCGGCCGCCGCCAGCAGCAGCAGCCGCGCUGUGGGCAGCGCCAGCGCCAAUGCAGAGCUUGCCCAGGGAAUACAUCAAACCGCCACGACAGGCGCUAACUAUGAAAGCAUUUCUGAAUCGCCAGCGUGCGCAGUCUGGUGAUUUAUCCAACUACUUGCGACAGCAGCUGCUGCAGCUUAAGCAGCAACGACGCCAACAACAGCAGCAGCAGCAACAGCAGCCGCCAGCAGCUAAGCAGGCAGCGCGAACUAAUUAUCGUCCUUUUAACUUUGGCAAAUGCGCCAGCAGUUAUACGGAUUGCACUACAACAGAAAAGUUGCCACCAGCAGCACCACACGCUGGCAUACUAAAGAAACCCACACGCUUUGAGCCAACAAUAGCGCACAGCGCCGAGGACUUCAACUAUGUUAAGCUGGCCAAGCAAAUGGGCAAACCCACGCCCACAACAGCGCCGCGCGUGCAGCGGGAGCAGCUAACGCGUGAGGCUAAGCGCGCGCUAAAGCGAACGCAGGUAAUAUCCAUAAAGGAGGAGAGCCGCAUGCUUGCCAAAGAGUCGCUGAAGAGCAACAAGUCCAAGUGCAGGCAACGUGAGCACAAGAGCUACAGCACACAGACGAGCACAACAACGCUAACGAACUCUGAGCUGUGCUUGGAAAGCCAAACCAGCGACAAGAGUCAACCGCAGAACUCACAGCUGGCGCUGGAUCGCUUGGCAAAUGACAUAGAUGUCAAUCUGACGGCGCUGCAACAAUUAGUUGCAACAGAGUUGAAGCAAAAGGCAGCCAUGGAGCAACGUUUCAGUGCGCCAGAGCUGCAAACUGCAGCACCAGCGGCUUGUGGCAGGCAGAGCAGCAAAUUGCUGCUUACUGCAGCCGAGUUGCAGCUGCUGCAGAACAUAUUGCUGGAGGAGCAACAAAGCAGCAACAGCAACAACAACAAGCCGCCCAUAGCGCCAAAGCCGCAGCGUCAAUUGAACUUGAACAAACUAUUUGAGUCACAUAAGCUGCAAUGCAAUGAGUCAAAUCCAUUGUGGCAGCAACUUAUGCAGCUGGCAACGCAGCUUUGCAACAACAAGCGGCCAAGCAGCGAGUCACGUCUGAAUGCUGGCAGCGAGCACAACCAAAAGCAAUAUUCCAUUUAUCUAAUGGUUGCCUCGGACGAUGAGGACGAGCAGCAACAACCACAGCAGCAGCAGCAACAGCAACAACCGCAACAGCAGCAGCAACAGCAAUCUCCAGCCCAACCUGCACCCAAGCUAGCUGCCUGCAAUCCCGCAGACUUUGCGCUUCACUGCAGCCACAGCUAUCAGCAGGAACAUCCUGAAGCUUUGCUUACCAAAAGGCGCAAGCGUCGUUUACGUCGCCGCUUGACUCCUUUUGGUUCAACAGCUGCGCUAUCGUCAACUUCGCCCAGAGCAUCGAUGCCACGACGUCCGCUGCAUUGGCCCAAGUUGGACUAUUCCGCUUUUAUGCUGCAGCAGAAGAAGUUGCUGCGACGCCUGCCUAGUCGCACGCGUUGCAAACGCUGCGGCAGCGCCACACGCAACUGGCGUCUUAAUCACCAAUUGAAUUCGGAACGUGAUCUCAAGAAGUCCUAUUGUCGUCUCUUGGGUCCAGUGCUCGCCAGCAAGGCGCUCAGCAAUCUGCCCUACGCUAGCUUUUUGCGCACCUAACUGUGAGCAAGCAUCAACUAAUUGUUGUUUAAACAAAUUCUUAGUGCACUACAUGAAUCGCAAAAAAAUCAAAUCAUAGACCAAAGACGAGCCACAGCUAAGCGACUUUUCUAUAAUCUGCGCUUGUUUGCGAUACAUGUAGAAUUUUCUUCUCUGACAUAAAUUGUUGUGGUAUAAAAUAUAUCUGUUGAGCA